GUUUCAUUUAUACCUGACAAAUUAAUUAUUUGGAAUCUAUUGUUUCCAUGGUAACGAGACCAUUGCCAUUUUGAAAUGUUUAAUCAUUAAAAUUCCUAGUAGUUAAUCGAAAAAUGGCAGCUACAAAAUGUGAAAUGACUAAAAGCGUCGAUCAAAACGAACACGAAAUUUCGUUUUUUUCUGUCGAUACAGAAGGCCCAGAAAAAUCUUUUGCCGAUAUUGUUGGAUGCAUAGAGAAUAUAAUUAUUAGCGAUAAAUUUAUGAGAGUCCAAAACACGUUUUUAGAGACCUACUAUAGGGAAUUCGUAAGAGACGAUGAAAAUAAAUUGAUUUAUACCGAUAUAUUCAAGAAAUAUUUGGAAACCGUCGAGAGAUUUAUUGAGCAAGAGUUAGUUAAAGAAAUACCUGGGUUUGAGAUGCAGAUAUUAGAAAAUUUGUUAAAGAAUAAAUCAAAAAAAGAAUUAGACGGCGAGAUUUUCGAAAUGUUGUCAACUUUCUGGAAUUUCAGCACUUUUAAGGAAAUGAUUCUAGACUACAAAAACAUGAAAGAAGGCAAAGGAAUCGACUUUUCCAAAGACAUUCUGGUAACAAAAUACGACUUGGAUGGCAUUUAAAAAUUUAUUUCUUAGAAAAUUUAACA